AUGAAGCGCUGCGCGCUUCUUACCCCCCUCCUCCCACUUGCCCUAGCCUGCAACAACCCUAACGACCCUGCGCACUCCUGCGCUUCCAUCUACUCAGUCUCUUCUGACGAAGCAGCCAGUUUCUGCGCGACGUUCACUGCUUCGGUAGUAUCUGAGCCGACCGGCGUCCCCGACGCAUUCCUCUCCGCCUGCGACUCCAAGAUCAAGCACCUCUCCAGUGCAUGCAGCUGUCUCGGUCCGGUUGACAGCGCUACUGCCACUCCUGUCCCUGCCACUAGCACUGUCCCGGCCUCUGUGCCUGUUAUCACGACCUCGACGGCCACGGCAACUCCUUCGCGGAUCCCCGUCUUUGUUCCCUCUAGCUCCAGCUCCAGCGCGGUGGUUACCUUCAAGACCCAGAUCAAGAGUUCCAGCCCUGGUCCCAGCUCCAGUUUCGCUGCGGCUGCAACUACUGAAGCUCCAACCUCCACUAGAGCCUCCCCGUACACUCCAUACACCGGCAACGGCGGCACAACAUGCACGGUAACUGACUAUGCUGGCAUCUCCUCGGCCGUUGCAUCCUGCUCGAACAUCAUGCUCUCGGACGUGUACGCCCCGCCCUCCAGCACCAUUGACCUUCAGGAUCUGCAGACCGGGGCGGCGGUGAUCUUUGCGGGGAAGACGACAUUCGGUGACACGUCAGACAGCGACUUCGACCCGAUCGUCAUCUCCGGUACGAACCUGACCAUCACCGGGACAGAGGACCAUGUCAUCGACGGGAACGGCCAGGCAUACUGGGACGGGCAGGGGUCGAAUGGUGGCUCGGAUAAACCUGACCACUUUAUCGUCCUGAAACAUGUCUACAACUCUGUGGUUGCGAACCUCAACAUCCAGAACUGGCCGGUGCACUGUUUUGACAUCGAAAACACUGAGUCCCUUACACUGACCGGCAUCACGCUCGACAACUCAGCCGGCGACGAGCCGAACGAUUCCUCUGAUGGCGAUCCCGCCGCGCACAACUCAGACGGAUUCGAUAUCAAGUCGUCGACUGAUUUGAUUCUGAAGGAUAGCAAUGUUUACAACCAGGAUGACUGUGUUGCUAUUACGUCAGGCACAAAUAUUACCGUCGAUAACAUGUAUUGCUCUGGUGGACACGGACUGAGUAUCGGAUCCAUUGGCGGAAAGAGCGAUAACACCGUUGAUGGAGUUGUGUUCAGCAAUAGUCAAGUCGUGAAUUCCCAGAAUGGAUGCCGGAUCAAGACAAAUGAGGGGGAGACUGGCGAGGUCUCGAACAUCAAGUAUGAGAACAUCAGCCUCAGUGGAAUCAGUAAGUACGGUAUCGUGGUGCAGCAGGAUUACCUUAACGGGGGCCCGACCGGCGAGCCGAGCAACGGGGUGAGCAUCACCAAUGUCGAAUUCACCGAUGUCACGGGAACGAUGAGCGGUGGAAAGGAUUAUUACAUUCUUUGUGGGGAUGGGAGCUGUGAGAACUUUACGUUCAGUGGGGUCAGCAUCACGGGGGGUAGUGAUGAUAGCUGCAAUUAUCCUGACUCUGGAUGUCCUUGA